CAUGUCUCCCGAAUAUGCUAUCAAGGGUCUAUACUCAGUAAAGUCUGAUGUGUUUAGCUUUGGAGUAUUGCUACUAGAGAUUGUGAGCAGCAAAAAGAAUACUGACUUCUCUAACAGUGAUUCACUCAAUCUUCUUAGUUAUGUUUGGGAGUUGUGGAGAAAUGGUCGAAGUUUGGAGUUGACGGAUCCAACAAUAGGAAAUCCUUCCUCUACUUCUAUUCUAUCAAGAUUCAUUAACAUUGGGCUUCUUUGUGUACAAGAAAGCUCCAUUGAUCGACCUACCAUGGUUGAUGUCGUCUCUUAUAUUAGCAAUGAAUAUACACCUCUACCUAUACCAAAGCCUCCAGCUUUUUGCAUAGACCGAAAUACAACGGUUGCCAAUGUAGAAAAUUGCUCAAUAAACAGUGUAACUGUUUCAAUAAUGGAAGCUCGAUAG